AUGUCUGUCGCGGCCAAAAGUGUGGCCCUCGUCGUCACCUCGACUCGCGGAAUCCGUAUAGGGCCCUCUGUCGCAUCCCUCCUCUCAACAGUCCUUGAGCCCUCAGCCAAAGCGGCAAAUAUCAACCUCAAAACCGUCGAUCUCAAGUCCUUCAACCUACCCGUUUUCAGCGAGUCCCUGCCUCCCAUGAUGAUCAAGCCCGGCGGGCCCCAAUUCGAGCAAGAAACCUCCAAGGCUUGGGCUGACGAGAUGUCCUCUCACGACGGCUACAUCUUCAUUUUGAACGAGUACAAUUACGGCAUGUCUGGCGCCACCAAGAACGCAAUCGAUUAUCUCCUUAACGGUUUCACCGGCAAGCCCGUCGCGCUUGUCAGCUACGGCGUGAAGGGAGGCAACUUGGCCAAUGAACAGGUCAAGGGCGUCCUGACCGCCAUGGGCUUGACUGUCAUUGAGCCGCGGCCGCUGCUGGGUUUCUUUGGGGGCCGCGGCCCGGAGGGCAUGCUUGCCGUUACGGAGGGUAAGAUUGGGGACGAGACAAGGAAGGAUUGGAGCGAGGGCCACCGGGCAGAGAUACUCGAGGCGUUUGAGAAGUUGGGUGAGCAGCUGCGGGCGCCCAAGGCAGAGGACGACCAGCUGCCUCCGAAUUAG